AUUGAACCGGAAGCUUUGACCGGUCAAACGGUCGUUGACAUUCAGCAUUGUUCUGGAUAGUAUUUCUCCUCGAUCUACAACGAUUCCAACAUGUCACGCCUUCAUUCACUCUUGUCCUCGCUACCUCCCGACUUUCCUCCCUCGUCCCCGCUCUCCAAGCACGAUCAACACCUCUCCUGUCCGAUCUGCAAACAACCCUUUGAAGGUCCCGUCAGCAUCGCCUGUGGACAUUCGUUCUGUUCCAGGUGUAUUCGAGAUGCGCUCCGGGCCAAGAACAAGACCUGUCCGACUUGCAAGGAACCGAUGAAGGAGGGUGAUAUUCGACGUAAUCGUCUGAUCGAGGAUCUCGUCGAGAGUUGGUUGACAACUAGACCUGAAUUAGUAGAAUGGUCUACAAGCCGGCUCAAACGAAAGCGCUCGACCGACGUGACAUCUCCCUCGAAACGAGACCGCAAGCGCAGCACUGCGACCACUCUCGCCAGCUCUUCCGUAUCCCGACUCUCCACCAAGCCUCCUCUUUCGACCUUCCGUUCGGUCGAUGUGGAGGUAGUCGACCUGUUGGACGACAGCGAGGACGAGGAAGAGGAGAAACGCGUCGCUCAAGUCGUCGCGAGGGGUCCGAUGGUCAGGAGCAGUUCCGACCGAGCCGGGUCGGGAGAAGCCGAAGUGGAAGAUCAAGUUUUAGGAAUUUUUUCUAGCUCUGAUGCGGAACAAGAACUCCCUCGUCCUCGUUACGGGUCAGAGAAGGGAGAAAAUGGAGAGGAGGUACCGAUGCUAGGAAGUUCAAGGGCGGCGAAACAAAGACAGACGACCAAGACAUCUUGGGAGAAGCUUUUCGCCGGGACGACCACUAACAACAAUCCGAAAGCUACCACCUCGAACAGGAACGGACGCAGCAACAACGACGAUCAUGGGGAAGAGGCCAAACGGAUAGUCAAGCCGAAUUACCAUCUGGCCAGUCAAAAGGAGUUGAGGAGGUUGUGCGAGAAUUAUGGGCUCAGUACGCAUGGUGAUAAGGGGGUCUUGUCGGAGCGUUUACAAAUAUGGAUCUCCAUGUUCAAUGCGAACCUCGACACGUCAAGCCCCAAGACCCUCAGAGCGCUGAGAGGCCAACUGGAGCGGGAUGAGAAGGGCCGGAUGAAAGACAAGUCGGAUGCAGAGAAGGCCCGUGAGGAAAUGAACUUGCGAGACGAGGUCGAAGGAGCCGAGACAGACGAUGCAGUAUUCCGGCGGCUGACACGAGAGAUCAGGGAAAGGGAUAGCAAGCUAACAUCGGAAGGAAGCCUGGAUUGACGACAUAUCGAUGCGACAUGACGCAUCUCGGAAGGGAUAAUGUAACCCAGAUUGACGCAUGGUAUAGUAUGCAGAAAG